GCACGGCUGCGGGCCGCCGCCCCUCCCCGGGGAGGGAAUGGGGGGCUUCUGCCGUUGCCCAGGCUUAAUUGACUUGCUAGGUCACUAAUUUCGCUUUCGCGAGUGCCAUCCAUCAGCCCCUUUCCCCCCUUCCCCAAGAGGGACUAUCAGAGGCCCGGCACCAGCGAUGCCCCAAACCCUAGAAAGAUGAGUCAGCGCUCAGCCUCCCGCCGGCCCCAGGAGCCCAGCCGCGAUCUCCGCCGCUCCCCGCCCUCCGGCUGCGCUGCCUUGAGAAAACAGGGAGACCACACGAGCCAUGGCUGAGAAGAAGCAGUCUGGCCGGCAAGGCGAGGAGGAAGAAGUGCCAGCCUUCUUCAAAAACCUGGGCUCGGGCAGUCCGAAGCCCCGGCAGAAAUUCUGUGGCAUGUUCUGCCCGGUGGAAGGCUCCCUGGAGAACAAGACCAUCGACUUCGACUCCCUCUCGGUGGGCCGCGGAUCUAACAAAGUGGUGGCAAAGCAGAAGGAUGUCGCCCACUUGGGUCCGGAUGCUCAGUCUGUCUAUUCCAGACAGAGUGGGAAGGGAGGGGAACCAUCUGUUGAUUUCGGAAGAAAGGUGGAGAUAAGGAGUGCCACUGGGAAGGAGGCACUGCAGAACCUGAAUGACAAGAGCGACCGUCUUCUGAUCAAAGGUGGGAAGAUUGUCAAUGACGACCAGUCUUUCUAUGCAGACAUCUACAUGGAAGAUGGGCUCAUCAAGCAAAUAGGAGAGAAUCUCAUCGUGCCCGGAGGAGUGAAAACCAUCGAAGCCCACGGCAGGAUGGUGAUUCCUGGAGGGAUUGAUGUUCACACCCGCUUCCAGAUGCCAGAGCAGGGGAUGACUUCUGCUGAUGACUUCUUCCAGGGGACCAAGGCUGCGCUGGCUGGGGGCACCACCAUGAUCAUUGAUCAUGUGGUUCCUGAGCCGGGGACCAGUUUGCUGACUGCAUUUGACCAGUGGCGAGAAUGGGCAGACAGCAAAUCCUGCUGUGAUUACUCCCUGCACGUGGACAUCACCGAGUGGCACAAAGGCGUCCAGGAGGAGAUGGAAGCUCUGGUUAAAGAUCACGGUGUGAAUUCCUUCCUGGUUUACAUGGCUUUCAAAGACCGCUUCCAGCUGUCUGACUCCCAGAUCUAUGAGGUCCUGAGCGUUAUCCGGGAUAUUGGUGCCACAGCUCAAGUGCAUGCUGAGAAUGGUGACAUCAUUGCUGAGGAGCAGCAAAGGAUCCUGGAGCUGGGAAUCACAGGCCCUGAAGGGCACGUGUUGAGCAGACCUGAAGAGGUGGAGGCAGAAGCUGUGAACCGGGCAAUCACCAUCGCCAACCAAACCAACUGCCCUCUCUAUAUCACCAAGGUGAUGAGCAAAAGCGCUGCUGAAGUCAUUGCUCAAGCCAGGAAAAAGGGCACUGUGGUGUACGGGGAGCCCAUCACAGCCAGCUUGGGUACUGAUGGAUCUCAUUAUUGGAGCAAGAAUUGGGCGAAGGCGGCCGCUUUUGUCACUUCCCCACCACUGAGUCCUGACCCAACCACUCCUGAUUUCCUCAACUCCCUGCUGUCCUGCGGAGACCUCCAAGUCACUGGCAGUGCCCACUGCACCUUCAAUACUGCUCAGAAAGCUGUUGGGAAGGACAACUUCACCCUGAUCCCCGAGGGAACCAACGGGACGGAGGAGAGGAUGUCCAUCAUCUGGGACAAGGCUGUGGUGACUGGCAAGAUGGAUGAGAACCAGUUUGUGGCUGUGACCAGCACAAAUGCAGCUAAAAUCUUUAACCUGUACCCACGGAAGGGCCGCAUCGCCGUGGGCUCUGAUGCUGAUUUGGUUAUCUGGGAUCCGGACAGCGUCAAGACAAUCUCUGCCAAGACCCACAACAUAUCUCUGGAGUACAACAUCUUCGAAGGCAUGGAGUGCCGUGGGUCUCCCCUGGUGGUUAUCAGCCAGGGGAAGAUCGUGCUGGAGGAUGGGAAUCUCCACGUAACGGAGGGCUCUGGGCGGUACAUCCCCAGGAAGCCGUUCCCCGACUUCGUUUACAAGCGCAUCAAAGCGAGGAGCAGGCUGGCCGAGCUGCGGGGUGUGCCUCGAGGCCUCUAUGAUGGGCCGGUCUGCGAAGUGUCGGUGACGCCGAAGACGGUCACUCCUGCAUCUUCAGCUAAAACAUCUCCUGCCAAACAGCAAGCCCCACCCGUGAGGAACCUGCACCAGUCUGGCUUUAGCUUGUCUGGUGCACAGAUUGACGACAACAUCCCACGCCGCACCACCCAGCGCAUCGUGGCACCGCCGGGCGGACGUGCCAACAUCACCAGCUUGGGUUAAGGACCGACCCCUUCCGCCCGCCCAGCGGACCAGGGGAGGGGAUGGGGGCACCUGGAGACCCUUUUUGAUUCUUUUAGAGCCUGUGAUGGUUACUGCGGGCAAUGGGGGGGGCUGAAGUAACGCGCCUCUUUCGGUCCCCUCAGAUUCCCUCCUCAUCUUCACCAACCCCUCUCACUUCCCUGUCAGCCCCUACACGUUUAAAGAGAAAACAACCAACCCUGUUUUGACACCUCUGACAUGCAAAAGUAAAUGUGAAGAGGAUGUUUGAGAUAUGUGGCCUAUGUCCCAUUCAGCAUCUUUCUUUUAAUAAAGGAAGGAUAAAGUGAAUUUCCCCGGAGCUGCCUUUAAGACACAGAUGAAAAGAAAAAAGAAUAAAUAAAUUUUAAAUGUAAAAAAAAUAGCUUUUUUUUUUUUUUUUUUUUUUUUUUCCCCAAUGUCAAGCAGAAGAGUAGUUCAAGGGUUAUAAACUGGAUGUUCUUUAGGGUUCUGUGUUCCAGCAGCAUAGCUAGGAGAGCACGGAGGGCCACGAAUCCCAGUCUGGCACCGUUCCCCACCACCACCUCUGAGGCCACAGAAUAGCUGUUUGCUGCCAAGAAAGAGAACCAGGACCCAGCACUAGGAGCUGACAGAGCACAUGGCACCCUGCCAUCGGGUGAGCUAGAGCUGUUGGAGACUUUUGUUCUGUUGGGGUUUUUUUUUCCUUUUUUUUUUCCUUCCUGAUUCUGCUGCAAAUUAGGUUCUUGAGGAGUUUUUCCUUUUUUUUUUUUUUUUUUUUUUUUUAAUUUUAAAUGUCUGUGUGUGUUUUUAAUACGUUUGUCUCAUCGUGUUUACAAAGCCUUAUCUCAGAACUGGGCAUCUCCCAGUUCUCCCUGCUCCUUCCCGACCCUCAUUCGAGUUAUUGACCCCCACCAGUGUCACUGCCCCUUUGGUACUUUGGGUGCUCCUAGGAUGCAUCAUUCCAGCCUGUUCUUCCCGCUUUGCUGCAGUAGGAGGCAGCAGUGCAGGUUCAUAAGCUAUGAUCUUCACUUCAGCAUACUGGCUCUUGAGCUGGUGCAAACACUGGGGCUGCAGAGCUGGGCAGAGCCUCUGGAGAAGCUCUUAGCAGUUGGUUUACAGGUAGCAGUCAGUAAGCAGAGGGCCAUAGGCAACAGGCAGUACUUUGCCUGAAAGAUUUCUGUAGCAGCCACAUCCCCUUUCCUGGCCAUUAAUGAGUGGUUAUUUAAAACUCUGAGAGCUUAUCUUUAGCUCUUGUUGGAAGGCUGCUCUGUUGUGUGCAUGCCUGAGCAUCUGUGGCAAUUCCAAUUAGCGUCCAGAUGCCCAGCUGUUGUAACUGGGAGCCUCCAAGCAGCUCAGUGGGUCAACAGCAGCUGAGAAUCUCUCAUCCAUGUGCGAAUUUCACAGUCUGUCAUUCCUUCAGGGAUCUGCUUUGGUGCAAAUAUUCCUGAGAAGCCCCCGGCCCUGCUCGGGUACGUGCCUCAGGUUUGAGAAACCAGAAGGUAGGAGUGCUCCUCCAACUAAGCAUUGAUCACAGGAUCAUUUAAACCCAGGACUGAGAGGUCUUUUAGCGCUAGUAUUGGAGGCUCAUGUUUUCAGGUUUUCAGGACAUGGAGCAUAAAUCUGCACUGUUAGAGUCCCACUUACGCUUCGCUGGAGGGCUUGAUGGUCCCAAGGGCUCAGGCUGUCUCUGAGCACAGAGAGCUUUUCUACCCACAGUUAACAAAGCAUUACCUCCACUGUCUGUAGCCCUGGUGCUUGGCUGUGUCUUCUGCUUUCUCUUCUGUUUGUCCUUCACCAUGUGCAUGGACCUCAUUUUCCCUAUUUGUGAGCAUUUUCUUGAAUGGUUUCUUGUAAUGACAUACUAAAUAUGAGAAGGCUUUUAAGAAGCAACUACCAAAUUUGUUGUGAUGCAGUAGCAACGCUGGGAUUGUCAAAGGAUCUGGGAGCAGUGUAGGUACCCUGCCCCUCCCAGCACAAUUCCCAUAGGCCCCUUUGAACAUCAAAGCUAAGACAUUGCCAUACUCAUCCAUGCCUUUUGUAUCUAGGUUUAACCCUUGGGUGGUUAGUUUUGCAUAAGAGUUUGCACUUUGUGAAGUAAUCUGUGAGCAUAAUAUAUAUUGCAGCUGUCUUUCACCUAUAUGUUAAAACCAAUCUGAAUGAGUUGGGGAGAGAAAGAAAGAAAUUGGGAUCCGUGUCGAUUCUACAAAACACGCGGCUCUUCAGUAUUCACUUAAGUCUUCCUUUUAUUUUCCUUCAUUGACUCAUGAUGACUUUUGGAUUUCAAUUUGUUCUUCGAAAGAGUAAGGGAAAAAAAAAAGCAAGAAAAUCACAAAAAAAAAAAAAGAUUUUUU